GCGUUUUUUCCUCGCUCGUUGACAGAUUCCACUCUGUCAAACAGGUCGAGCAAAUUGCUGAUGCAACACUGAAAUCCAGUGAUUUUGUGAAUAUUCCGGUGAAUUUCGGUGAUUUUCGGUGCAAAUAGUUGAUUUUCCAAUCGUCCAACCAUGGCCGAAGAUGAUGCGAUAUUCGACCCUUCCUUGAUGAAGAAAAAGAAGAAGAAGAAGACUUCCUUCGAUCUGGAGGGACUCGGCGGAGACGAGGCCGGUGAGGUGGAGCAGCCGGAGGCGGGCUCGAACGCACCGGAAGCGGCCGGCGACGAUGGCGCGGGCGGUGCCGAACUGGACGGCGACCUGGAUCUGGAAAGCUUCGGCAAGAAGAAGAAAAAGAAGAAGAAGCCCUUCAACAUGGAAGAUCUGGACAGUGCGCUGGGGGAGGAAGGGGCCGGCGAGGGUGGCGCCAAGGAUAAGGAAGCGGACGAUGGCGAGGGUGGUGGCGGGGGUUUUGGUGGGGACGACGGCUUUGACGACGACAUGAAGAUUGACUUUAGCGUCAAGAAGAAGAAGAAGCAAAAGAAGAAGCUGAGCGAGCUGAUGGAAGCGGAGGAAGCGGCCCGGGAGGAGGAGAAGGAGAAUGGCCUUACGGAUAUCGACGGAGUCGUCACGGAAUUCGUCGAGCACAGCACGACGUGGGCGGGCUCCGAUCGGGACUACACGUACGACGAGCUGCUCCAGCGGGUGUUCGAGAUCAUCCUGGACAAGAACCCGGACAUGGCGGCCGGCCGGAAGCCCAAGUUUGUGAUGCGACCGCCCCAGGUGCUGCGCGUAGGAACGAAGAAGACGUCGUUUGCCAACUUUACCGAAAUCUGCAAAACGCUGCAUCGACAGCCGAAGCACUUGCUGGACUUUUUGCUCGCCGAGUUGGGCACGAGCGGUUCCGUCGACGGCAACUCCCAGCUCAUCAUCAAGGGCCGCUUCCAGCCGAAGCAGAUCGAGAACGUGCUGCGGCGGUACAUCAAGGAGUACGUGACGUGCCACACCUGCCGCUCGCCCGAAACCAUCCUCCAGAAGGACACCCGGCUGUUCUUCCUGCAGUGCGAGUCGUGCGGGUCGCGAUGCUCGGUCGCUAGUAUUAAGUCCGGUUUCCAGGCCGUCACCAGCAAGCGUGCCGCCAUCCGUGCGAAGACGGCUUAAGUGGUUUGUGUUUAUUUUUCUGUUUUUCUUUUUCGAUUCCACAAGGCACUUCUUGGCAGUGCUCUUUUCUCUCUGUCCACUUGGAAAAAUAAAAAAAAAAAACGACGCAGUUUGUCGAACAGUUUAUUCGUAACCAAUUUUUUUUAGUUGAGAGUGGCACACGUUCGUGUAGAUUGGAUUAAAGCUUAGAACACUCAAUUUUACAAUCCUUCAACGAGCAUAAUAUAAAACACAAUAAAUGAGCACAUUCAGUCUUAUCUAUAACAA